AAAGACCAUAUCGAAAUGGAUCUAGUUUUUACAGGUCUUGCGGUAUUUGUCGUCCUGGGUUUAGUGUACUGGUACGGUGUUAAAGAUUAUGCCUUGAUGUCAAAUAUAACCGUUACAGGACCGAAACCAUGGCCGUAUUUUGGAAAUAUUCCUGACAUUAUCCAAGAUGGCGGCAUGCACAAGACGUUGUGGAAGUACUUCAAACGCUUUGGUCGAGUCCAUAAGUUCUACGUUGGGCGAAGACCAGCUCUCGUCGUCUCYGAUCCAGAAAUGAUCAAGGAGAUCAUGGUGAAAGAGUUCGACAAGUUUCGCAACAGACCAGAGUUUGUGAAAGUCGGACCCCCCUUGGUAUACGCUGUAGGGUUCGCACAGGACGAGAUUUGGAGGAGAAUUCGAACAAUUUUGACACCGACGUUCAGUGCAGCAAAACUCAAGGAAAUUAUUCCUAUUAUUCAAGUUUCCAUUGGAGAAUUGGAGAAAAAAUUGGAGAGAUUUUCUCGAACCGGUAGGUUUAUUUGUUUUUUAACAUAUGUCACGCUCGGUCAACUCAAUGCUUCCACUUAA